AUGCCAGGGGCUCUCAUCCAACAAUGGCGCUUUCCUCCCCAACCUCCCCCCCCAGGUUCUGGAGUCGAAUGUAGCAGCGGCACUAAGCCUGCUGGACUUUGCUCUGUGUUGGAAUCAGACGUGGCAGCGGCGUUGAGCCUGCUGGACUUUGCUCUGUACCAUCGCGAGCUGGAUGAGACGGACAAGCGGAUGGAGGAGGAGAGGCAACGCGUGGAGCAGCAAAGGAAAGAGGCUGCUGCUGCCGCCGCCGCCGCCGCCGCUGCUGCCGCAACUGCUUCUGCUGAUGGUGCUGCCGAUGGGGCUGCUGAUGGUGCUGGUGCUGCUGAUAGUGUGGGCGGAACCGCAGCAGCAUCAGCUGGGGGACGGACAAGGCGACGAGGCGGGCGCAAGACAAGGUCCCGUGGGAAGAGGCAACGCAGGGAUUCACAGGCGGAAGGGAGCGAGGAGGAAGAGGAAGAAUAUGCGGAGGAGGAGGAAGAGGAGGAAGAGGAGGUGGAGGAGAUUGAGAUGGAGGAAGCACCUGCGGCUGGGGUUCCACACCUGGGUGAUCCGGCACCUGCUUCUGCUGCCGAUGGGGCAUUUACUGCUGAAAGAUUCGACGCCUUCCAGCUGGCGUUCAGUGAGCACGCGGUGGCAGCGCGGGUCGAAUCGAUAGCAGUGGACGAACUGGCAGAGGUGGUGAACAAGCGAUGGCCGGGGAAGAGCUUCACCUGGGCUGAAAUCGAUGCCAUGCUGGAGCAAAUGGAGGUCAAUAACCGAGUCAUGGUUGCAAGCGGCAUUGUGCACCUCAUAUAG